AUGCCUGGAUAUACCCAUCUCCAGCGUGCCAUGCCGGUUCUGUGGUCGCAGCAUAUGCUAUCUUACGGCUUUUACUUUGCAAACGACCUUGAACGACUGCGCGAGACUGCAAAGCGCGUGAACAGAAGCCCACUUGGCAGUGGCGCCCUUGCCGGCAAUGGCUUCAACAUCGACCGCGACAUGAUGGCCGAGGAGCUGGGCUUUGACGGCCUUCUAUGGAACUCCAUGAAUGCUGUUGGUGACAGAGACUUUGUCACCGAGUUUCUGCAGUGGGGCAGCAUGUUUAUGCAACAUAUUUCUCGAUGGGCUGAGGAUCUUAUCCUUUACUGCUCUGCUGAAUUCGGGUUUAUCACUAUUGCGGAUGCGUAUUCCACAGGCAGUUCCCUAAUGCCAAAUAAGAAGAACCCGGAUGGCUUAGAACUCUUGCGAGGAAAAGCUGGUCGAGCAUUUGGUCAUAUGGCUGGCUUCAUGUGUACGCAAAAGGGCCUCCCAAGCACAUAUCAAAAAGAUUUGCAGGAAAGUUGGGAGCCCAUGUUGGACCAUGCAAAGACCAUCUCUGAUAGUCUUCAGAUUGCAAACGGGAUCCUUAGCACCCUUACCGUUAAGCCAGAGAAGAUGAAGGCCGCUCUUGAUCCGUUUAUGCUGGCUACUGAUCUGGCCGAUUAUCUCGUCCGAAAGGGUGUACCCUUCCGUGAGACGCAUCACAUCUCUGGGCGCUGUGUUGCCAAGAGCGAGGAACUAGGCAUCCCGAUGAACCAGCUCUCACUGGAGCAACUACAGGCUAUUGAUAGUCGCUUCGGGGACGAUGUUGCGCAAACGUUUGACUACGAGAGAAGCGUGGAGAUGCGACAGUCCAAGGGUGGUACUAGCAAGGCACGCGUCCUGGAGCAGGUCAAGGUUCUCAAAGCCAUGCUGGAGUAG